GCCAGAGAGGGCUGAGCCAGCCUUCCCAGGCCUCUGCAGGGGGUGGGGGCAGGGCUGGAGGCGAUCUCUGGGUCUGCAGGAUGGAGGUCUGGCGGCCGUGCCCUGGGGGGCCAGCUGGUCUACCGGAGGUUUCUGGGGUCUUGCAGGCACCAGGGACCAGGACCCUCCACAGGGCCCUCUUCCACCCUGAAGCUCCACCCUAAGCCCUUUAUCCUCGAUCUUGACCCUUAGCACUGACCCCUGACCCUCAAGAGUGGCCCUUCAUGCGGACCCCUGCCGAGGCUUCACCCCAGCUUCCUGGCUGGGUCCCUGGAGCUGCCUAGAGCCCCCAGGCCCCAGAGAGGGGGAGGCCCUCCCCUUCAGACUUCUCAAGGCGGCUGACAGCAGGGCAGUAAGGCCUGGUUAGCCCACUCCCCCUGCCCCGCCCCCGCUGCCCCAUCUCAUAGAGCUGAUGUGGCCUCUGCAGGCUGGGAACCAAGACAGCCCCAGGACCCCUGCUGCCCUGUCCUGGAACCUGGGAGGAGGGGAAGCCAGGCCAGGACCUGGGCCAAGCAGGGCCUGUUCGUCUGCCCAAAUUCCACCUUAAGCAGGCCGCGGCCCCUCCCUCCUACCUGGCCCAGGUGUCCCCGCCUCCCGCAGAGCUCAGGGCUGGGCGGGCAGCUGUCUCCUGGAGGCUCUGGGCUGGGCGAGGCCAGCGGGGAGGGGACUUUGGGGACGGGGCCUCGCAGUAGAGACAGUGAAGACUGCAGGCUGGAGGCAGCGGCAGCGGCCCAGGCUAGGCGGCCCCAGCCCCGCGCGCCUGCCGCCAUGCAGGACGGCAACUUCCUGCUGUCGGCCCUGCAGCCGGAGGCUGGAGUGUGCUCCCUGGCACUGCCCUCGGACUUGCAGCUGGACCGCCGGGGCACGCAGGGGCCGGAGGCUGAUCAGCUGCGAGCUGCCCGCGUCCAGGAGCAGGUCCGCGCCCGCCUUCUGCAGCUGGGCCAGCAGCAGAGGCACAAUGGGACAGCCGAGCCGGGGACAGUCACUGGGGCGGCCAGAGGCACGUCCUGGGGCCAGUACCACACCCUGCAGACGGGUUUCAGCUCACGCUCCCGGGGCCUGAGUGGGGACAGCACCUCGACCUUCCGGCCCAUCGCCAAGCCCGCCUAUGGCCCAGCCUCCUGGUCCUCCCGCUCAGCCGUGGACCUGAGCUCCAGUCGGAGGCUGAGCUCUGUUCAUAAUGGGAGCAGCGCGUUUGGAGCUGUGGGGUACGGGGGAUCCCAGCCCGCCACAGCCAUGGCCCCCAGGCCCGUGUCCUACCAUGAGCGUGGCGGGGUGGGGAGCCGGAUGGACUACGACACCUUGUCCCUGCACUCACUGAGGCUGGGGCCCGGGGGCCUGGAUGACCACUGCAGCGUGGUGUCAGAGCAGCUGGAGCCCACGGCCACCUCCGCCUACAGGGCCUUUGCCUACGAGCGCCAGGCCAGCUCCAGCUCUGGCCGGCAGGGGGGCCUGGACUGGCCAGACGCUGCCGAGGGGCCGCCCAGCCGGACCAUCCGCGCCCCCGCCAUGCGGACGCUGCAGCGAUUCCAGAGCAGCCACCGCAGCCGUGGGGGGGCGGGGGCGCUGCCUGGGGGUGUCCUGGAGCCGGUGGCCCGGGCGCCAUCCGUGCGCAGCCUCAGCCUCAGCCUGGGUGACUCUGGCCACCUGCCGGAUGUGCGUGGGCUGGACAGCUACAGUGGUCACCGGACUCUGCAGAGACUCAGCAGCGGCUUCGAUGACAUUGACCUGCCCUCGGCAGUUAAGUACCUCAUGGCCUCAGACCCCAACCUGCAGGUGCUCGGUGCCGCCUACAUCCAGCACAAGUGCUACAGUGACGCUGCGGCCAAGAAACAGGCCCGCAGCCUCCAGGCCGUGCCCCGGCUGGUGAAGCUCUUCAACCACGCCAACCAGGAGGUGCAGCGCCACGCCACGGGCGCCAUGCGCAACCUCAUCUACGACAGCGCGGACAACAAGCUGGCCCUGGUGGAGGAGAGCGGCAUCUUCGAGCUGUUGCGGACCCUGCGUGAGCAGGACAGCGAGCUGCGCAAGAAUGUCACGGGGAUCCUGUGGAACCUGUCCUCCAGUGACCACCUGAAGGACCGCCUGGCCCGAGACACACUGGAGCAGCUCACGGACCUGGUGCUGAGCCCCCUCUCGGGCGCCGGGGGGCCACCCCUCAUCCAGCAGAAUGCCUCCGAGGCCGAGAUCUUCUACAAUGCCACGGGCUUUCUCAGGAACCUCAGCUCGGCCUCCCAGGCCACUCGCCAAAAGAUGCGCGAGUGCCACGGGCUGGUGGAUGCCCUGGUCGCCUACAUCAACCACGCCCUGGAUGUGGGCAAGUGCGAGGACAAGAGCGUGGAGAACGCCGUGUGCGUGCUGAGGAACCUAUCCUACCGCCUGUACGACGAGAUGCCGCCGUCGGCCCUGCAGCGGCUGGAGGGCCGGGGCCGCAGGGACGUGGCUGGGGCACCACCCGGCGAGGUGGUGGGCUGCUUCACGCCACAGAGUCGGCGGCUUCGAGAGCUGCCCCUCACGGCCGACGCGCUCACCUUCGCCGAGGUCUCUAAGGACCCCAAGGGCCUGGAGUGGCUGUGGAGCCCCCAGAUCGUGGGCCUGUACAACCGCCUGCUCCAGCGCUGUGAGCUCAACCGGCACACGACGGAGGCGGCCGCCGGCGCGCUGCAGAACAUCACCGCCGGCGACCGCAGGUGGGCGGGCGUGCUGAGCCGCCUGGCCCUGGAGCAGGAGCGCAUCCUGAACCCGCUGCUGGACCGCGUGCGGACGGCCGACCACCACCAGCUGCGCUCGCUGACCGGCCUCAUCCGAAACCUGUCCCGCAACGCCAGGAACAAGGACGAGAUGUCCACCAAGGUGGUGAGUCACCUGAUUGAGAAGCUGCCGGGUAGCGUGGGUGAGAAGGCCCCGCCGGCCGACGUGCUGGUGAACAUCAUAGCCGUGCUCAACAACCUGGUGGUGGCCAGCCCCAUCGCCGCCCGUGACCUGCUGUACUUCGACGGGCUGCGCAAGCUGGUCUUCAUCAAGAAGAGGCGGGACAGCCCUGACAGUGAGAAGUCCUCCCGGGCAGCCUCCAGCCUCCUGGCCAACCUGUGGCAGUACAGCAAGCUGCACCGGGACUUCCGGGCGAAGGGCUAUCGAAAGGAGGACUUCCUGGGCCUGUAGGCAAGGCCCUCCCGGAGGAGGGGACUGCUGCUCGGCCCGGCCUCUGAGGGACAGGCUCGGCUCCAUGCUGCUUGCCGGCCAGCCUGGAGGAGAAGGCUGAUGGCCCAGCGGCUACUCACUGGAGCCCCAGCUGCACUUCGAAGGGCCUGGGCACCAGGGAGAGGACAGGGGACGGGGUACAGCUGGGGACUAGGCUUCUGCAGGGCAGGGAGUGGGGCAGGGCUUGAAGCUGCUCUGGUGCAUGGGGUGGUGACCAGGUCAUACUGGCAGAGGUGGGGGUGGCCGGGGCCCAGUGCCUCAGGACAGCCAGCACUGGCAAUAAAGGUGGUUGUGAACA